AUGUCUAGAAAACCGCUUGAAGCACCUCCUUUGUCUGAUAGAUCAUAAUUGAGAAGAAUCAGCUAAAAAAGUGUAGAUGAAUUGAAUUAAGUAUUCAUUUUAUGUAUCUAGACUCUUCAUGCUCGUAUUAAUAGUAUGGUUGGAUUAGAUGAAUAAUUAAAUACUAAAAUUAAAUAACUUCAAUCUAAUACCUUUACAACUAAGGAUUUAACAUCUAUAGGAUUAUCUCUUUAAGACAUGGUUACCACUUUGCAAAAAGUCUCCUUUAAUGAAAUCAUGUAUAAUCAACUUUUAAGGGAAAACGAAAAGUUAAAAAGUGAACAAUCAUAUUUGAAAGCCUAAUUAUUUAAAUUUAAUCAACUAAACUCUAAAUUUUAAAAAGAACAUUAACUCUUACUUGAAAAAAUAAGAAGUCAAGAAGCUGAUAUUAAUAAUCUUAAUAAGAAAUUAAUUGCAGAAUAAAAACUUAAUGAGGAAUUAUGUAUAAGAGUCAAAUAUUCAUAGCUAAGAAAUUAAAGAGAUCUGAAUAAAGAGUUUAAAUUAUAUUAGAAUCCAAUAUCACUUUAUAAAAAGAUUAAAUAAAACAUAAUUUGAUUGAAGUUUUAUCAGAAAAUGAACAAAUUAAGAAAGAUGCAAUAUAAAAAUAAAAAGAUUUCUAAAAGUAUAUUUUUUAUUAAAUUUACAGACUUCAAAUGGUUAACAAUUCUUUAAAUUAAAAAAUAUACAGAUUGAAUAAUAGAUUUUAAAUAAGAAGCAAAAUUUAAAAUGAAGAAGAUUUUAUAGAUUAGGAGAAGAUGGUGAUAACAUUUACAGAAAUUCCAUAAAACUUUGUAUUUAGACAUGUAUUCUAAAAUCUAGAAUGCAAAUGUAAUAAAUAUUAUUCUAACUAGAAUUUAUAUAAUAAGUUUUAGAAUUCUCAGCAGAAGAUUUCAUACUUCAUAUGAAUUAACUAAAUCCUGAAAAUAAGAAGAUGUAAUUAACUUGGUUAUUUAAUCAUAUGAUAAAUUAUAAAGAAUUCAGCUUAGCUCAUAAUGUAUUUAUUAUUAAGCUAUCUAAACUCAUGUAAAUUUAUUCGUAUGAUGAAAUGCAUAAUUUCUUUACAACAUUGUCUUCUUUUUUCAAAGUUUCUCAUGUUUAUUUAUGGCUACGAGAUUUCUAAACAGGAUUCUUUAUCAAUUAAAUUGAUGGAAAAUAAAAAAAAAUAAUUUGUGCAAAAGGUGUAUUUAGAGAUAGUUUAGAAACUAGAGAAUCAGUAAAUAAAUUAACUGCUCAUAAACAUAUUAUUUAUUAAAAUGAAACUGGAGAAGAUGUUUAUCAAGAUAGCACUUAUAUCUUUCCAAUAAUAACAGAUGCUGCUCUUCCAGCUGGAUUAAUAGAAUUUCAUCAUCCUAUUCAGAGUAAUAAUUUUAGUGAUAUCUAAUAUUUUGCAUCAAUUGUAGGGUUGUAUACUAAAAUAUAAAUUCAAAAAAUUGAUGAAUAGACUUAAAAGAUCUCAUUAUUAAAAUAAACAGACCUUUUAUAAAGCUAAUUUUUAAAAUUAAUUCGAGCAAAAGAUAAAUUUCAUUUUCGUGAACUAAUGAAAGAAAUGUAAUGUAAAAUUAUGCAAUUAUCAACAUCAGAAAUAGUUUUUGUUGAAAAUAAUGGUCUAUGGAAAUAUUAUAAUGAAGAAAUAAAAAAAUUAGAUAGUUUAGCUGGAGUAUGUGGUUAAGUAGCUAUUAGUAUGCAACCUGCAUAUUUUGCAAAUAUUUCAAAGGAACUUAAUUUUAAUCAAAUUGUUGAUAUGUAUUCAAUAGCACCUAUAUUCAUUUAUCCUAUUGUUCAUAAUAAUAAAACCUUUGCUCUUAUUUAAGUAUCAUUAACAAAUAAAUAAAUUGAUAAAUAUAGAUUUAAAGAUCCCCUAGUCAGUUUAUCAUGCUAAUCUAAUCAAGCAAGACUUUUUUGUGAUUAUGUAUCUACUGCAUAUAUUCACAAGUUUUUAUGAAAGUUAGAUAUGCAUAGAAUUAUAAUGUAAUUAUAUAAAAUUUAAAUUCUCAGCAAUAUAUUAUAAAUCAAAUAAUAAUUAAUGUAAAGAACUGAUAUAUUGAUGAAUAGAAUCAAUAUCUUAAUAGUGUUUUUAGCAAUUUGUCUCUUUCUUGCCCUUUUUGGGAGAAAAUCAACAGAAGAUUAAAAAAUAUCAGAACAUUUUGAACCUGAAGUCACAGAAUCAGAAAUUCAAUAUUAUUUAGAAAAUGAUAUAAAUUAUAAAGAUAGUGAUUAAUUUGGAAUUCAAACUAUUUAAGAUUGGCUACCUAUUUAAUCUGAAUUAGCUUAGUUGAAUUUGGCUUUAGAAUACUUUUCACGCUUAAAUUUAGAAUAAAUAUUGAAUAAGCAACCUUAAUUGGAAGAAUAGGUUUAGUAAUGUUAAGAUUUAAAUUUGAAUUUAGAACUAGAAAUUUUUUUGAAUCAAACAAAUUAAAGCUAAAUAUCGCCUAUUAAUUAUGAUUUACUUUUUGAUAAAAAGAAAAAAUUGAAUGAAGGAAUAUUUCAUAAAAAGGCUGAAUAUGAUAGCUUUUUAAUAGAAGAAAAUGAAUUGAAAUUAAUUUGUGCUUAGUAUUAAAUUAGUGAAUCAGAAACCAAAAAAUUAAAGAUGAAAUAAGCAUAAUUUGAUAAGAUUAUUGGAGAAAUUAAAGAAUUGGAAUAAUCUAUUAAUGAUUUGAAACUAUAACUUUAAUCUUAUUUGUAGGAGAAAGGAGAUUAAGAAGAUUUAACAAAAGAAUAUUAAAAAGAUUAAGAAUUAGCUAAAAAUAUGAGCAAAUUAUUCAAACCUGCAGGUACAAAAUGGGUAGAAAUACGUAAUCAUUGGUUAGGAGGAAUUUUAAAUGUAUUAGAUAGAAAUAUGAAAUAAUAUACUAGAACUGAGGUAUUCUUAAAUGGUUUAAAUUUUCAUCCUGAAAUGUAACAAUACUAUAUUGAAGAAAUUAAAUAAACUAUAUAAAGAAAUUAAACAAUUUUAGAAUACAGAAUAAAAGAAAAAUUAAAUUUAGAAACAGAAAUUGGAUCAAUAGAAAAUAAAAGAACAGAAAAAAAUUAAAGUUAUAAAAAUGCACUUAACAGAUUAGAGUAAAUAAGGAGGAAAAAAAGUGAAUUACUUUCUUAAAUGUAAUAAGAAAAAAAAGAAUUAAAUGAGAUUAAUUAAAUAUUAAAGAAUUAUAAUCCACAAAAAAAUUUCUAAAAUAAUGACCAGUAAGAUGCAUAAAAGAAAUUAAGAGGUAUUAAUAUAUAUAAUUUAGAAUUUUUAUAUCAAAAUUUAAAAGAAGAUUAACUAUGUGUUGAGAAAUGUAUUCAAUAUAAUUCUUUAAAUUAAUAAAUUUCAAGUAGAAGAAAUUAAGUUUCAUUGGAUUCAAUUUAAAAGCAUUUUAAAUAAUUGGAAUAGAAAUUCAAGGAAUUCAAUUAAAAUUAAUGA